AUGGAAAAGAACUUUGACAUGUUCUCUCCCUUACCAGAUUCUCUUCAUCAAUUUAUCAUUUCCUUGCUUCCCUACAAAGAAGCGGCAAGGACUUCCAUCCUCUCCAAACAGUGGUUUGAGACAUGGCGUAAGACAAAGAAGAUUUAUGUGGAGUUCGAUGAACUCUUCUUCGUGAAAACCGGUGAAUCCGAUGAAUCCAAAGAAGCACGGAGAAGAGAUUUCCUCAACUUCAUCACUCAUCAGAUCUCACACAACAGAAACCAUUUUUUGGACAAAUUCUCUCUCAGGGUUUCUCACCCUGAGAGUUGCCAUGAUAUCAUAGAAAGUUGUGUUGCUUUCGCGACACGACGUGGGGUCAAAGAAUUCAGUCUUGAUUUCUCUAAUCCAAACUGGAACGAGAACAACUUUGAUGAUCAUGAAGUUGUGGUGCAGUUGCCACAAUAUGUCUAUGAACUCGGGUCAUUGCUUGAGUCCUUGAAACUGUACUCAUGUGGUUUUUCCAUGCCUCAUAUGCUUAACUUUCGGUCGAUGAAGGAGAUUUCUUUAGGCUGGAUUGAAAUUAGUGAUGCGACUCUUCGAACUUUGCUACACACUUGUAAGACUCUUCGGAACUUAAGUCUAAAGAAGUGCAGGAAAUUGGAAAGCUUUGAGAUGGGUCUGGAAAAGCUUGGGUUGAAAAGGUUAGUAAUUGACAAGUGUGAAUUUGAAUAUAAUGAAAUCUAUUUUGACGCUCCGAAUCUUGAGUUCUUCAAGUACUCUGGAGGUGUAUGGACUUCGGAUAUCAACAUAAACCGAGAUGUCAUGGAAGAGGCAGAAAUCGAUUUCCCCUAUGAGUUUGAGCCUAAAUUUAAUGAAUAUGGAGAUGAACUCUACACCAUAUUGAGUGAUUUCUACCCUGUCCGAGUUUUGACAGUAUGCAGUGUCUUACUUCAGGAUUAUGAACCUCCUUACAAUAUUGACCUUCAAAAAUUCUGGGUAAGGCCUAUGUUUCCAACGCCUGAAUGUUUGACAAAAACUUUAAAAGUUGUGGAGAUAAAGAAUUGUGCAGGGACUUUGAAUGAAAUUAAGGCUUGCAAGUAUUUGAUUCGAGUUGGAAAGGUUUUGGAAGAGUUGAAUAUCAAUGUGAGGAAGGAUGAACAUGAGGGAACACGCCUUGAAGUUAUGGCAGAAAAUUUACCUAGGUUUUCAAGGGCUUCAGAGAAUCUAAAAAUAUUUAUUAUUGCAUGA